GUAGCCGGAGAACCGGGAGACGUCUUUGACGAUGUUCUCUCUCCGGCUCGACGAGGGGAUCGUGAAUCGAGCGUGAAAAAAAUGACUACCCUCGUAGAGAGGCCCGCGUCAAUCCACCAUUCGUGAAGCCGCCCGGGAAAGGUAACGCCAGAAGUACGGAACGAACGAACGGCCGAGGAGGGUGAGUUGGAGUAAGAGAAAGAGAGAAAGAGAGAGUGAGAGAGGGAGAGAGAGAGAGGGAAGGAGGAAGAGGGAGAGAGGGAGAAAGAACAUAACGCUAGAUAGGAGCCGCCCUUGUACGUUCAUAUAAAGCGCAGACUCGAACUACAACGAUUCAUGUAUGAACAGAGGGGAUGUUAGUAUCGGUAAUAAUAGUAAUGGUAGUAGCAAUAGUAAUAGUAGUGGUAGUAAUAGUGGUGGUGGUGGUGGUGGUGGUGGUGGUGGUGAUUGGCGGGGAAGUAUCGUUUUUCUUGCUUCUUUACGUUACUCUUUUCUCUUUCCACUUUUCUUGCUAACCUUUCAUUCCUCCUCAUUCGUUCGACGCGCAUAACUUCCGCGUUAGAUCAGAUCCGGUGAUUCAAAAAGACCCGGUUUUUUCAUUUUUUGUGUUCUUUCAAUUUAAACUAAUUGUAAUUCCUAAUUCGAAGACCGUUUUAACGCGUGUUCCAUGAUAUUAUUUCGUUAUAUAUAUUUUAGAAAAAUAUAAAGAUGACGAUACUAAUCGUUUGUUUGAUUAUAAUAAUAUAAUAAAUAAAGGAAUAACAAAAUCAACCGAUACUUUUUAAAUACAAUCAUUUACCCCAUCAUAUUUAUACUAUUUCACUUUUAUGCUUUAGAUAUAUUUCCUAUCUAUUGAUUUGAUUAAUCCAAUAUGAAGUAUACUCAAUGUUUCGUGUUUUAAAAGACAAAUUUAAAAAUAUAGAUCAAGGAAGAUUCAUUACGUUUAUUCUUAUUCAAAAGUCGAGUCCUUAGGCGCCUUCUAUUAUAUAGCUUUUAGCAAAAUAAAUAAGAAAGAGCUGAUGGUCACUAAAGAACCAUGGAAGAAAUCACAUUGAUUAAGAAUUAUAUCGUGGAUUCUAUUUUAUUUUUCUUCUUUUUUUUUCUAUAGAAUCGAUCAUUCAUCAUCAUUCCUAGAUUUAGAUCGAAAGAUCUAACUUUUUAUUAAAACUUUCAUUAAACUUUUUACCUUUAGCUAUAUCACCUUCUACAUAUGCACCCACAUAAAUAAUAAUUGUAUCGUUAGAACAAUUUCAUUUGAUUUGCAAACUCCGACGAAAUUCGAAGAAGCAGGAUAAAUGCGCGUUCCAUCGAUCGCAUUGGUCAUUUCAAGGGGGACAACCAACAGCAAUGACGUGAGGACACGGAACUAAUUGACACGCUGAAUGAAGCCUCAAAAGCAUUUGCAAAUAAAGAAUACCAAACAGCUUAUAAUAAAUAUAAAGUGGCAUUACAAUUAUUUGAAAGCUUAAAUCUAAAUGUAAAAGAUAGUAUUCAAAAUACAAUAGAAUACAUAUUAUGUAUAAUUUUAUUACAGUCCGAUACAUUCCACAAUAUAAUAGAAGCAUUAAACAUUCUUAUGAAUUUAGAAGAUACUAUUGGAGAAUUAUAUCCAGCUGUUUAUUAUGCCAUAGCAAAAGCAUAUAUUAAAUUAUAUAGGUUUAAUUUUGCUAUCAAUACAAUUAACAAGGGACUCGCUAUUUUAAAUGAAGAAACACAUUUUACAACCCAGUAUAUACCCAUGACGUCUAUUGUUAUAAAUGAAACUACAAGAGAAGGUUUAUUGAUUUCAUUAAUGGAUUUACAAGAAAAAGCUUCGAGUUGGCAUUGUCCAAAUGCAAAAUGUUUCUUAGAGAACUGUCAAAAUAAUAUUCCAUAUUGUUCACCAUGUAGAGAUAUAUUUUUCAGUGACCCAACUUUUUCUGGCUUAGUUACUAUCACAUGUAGCAAUUCAAGUAAUCCUUGUAAAUUAAACUUUCAUCCAAUUUGUUGGAAAUUUCAAAAAAACAAACUACAUAUAGAAAACAAGCUUUCAGAUAUGGAUAUGAUAGGUCGCUCAUGUUUUACAUCAAACUGUGGAGCUAAAGAUAAAAAUGUUAUAACAAAAAUUGAAAUAUUAAACGAUGAUGCCAAAGUAGUAUCAGUUAUAGAGAAUUCCUCAUUAUCGAUGCUAUUAGUAUCUGAUUCUCCAGUUAAUGGCGCUAUUAAAAAACAUCGUUUUAUAAAGCCAAUUCCAAAACUUAGAAGACCAAACUUUCUCCCCCUUCGUAACACACAAGAAGAAUGCAUCAAGCCAUUUAAAGAAAUAUCAGAAAAAGAAAUGAAAUUAAUGAAACUAAUACAAUUGCGAGAAAAUAAUUUUGGUAUUCCACGUGAAAAUUUAGAACCUGGCAAAGACAUGUUUAAUAAUGAGGAUAUAAAUAACACAAAUAUUCUGUCAGAAUGUGAACCUGAAAAUGUUGAUUCAGAAACAAUACAGCAGUGUCGUUUCUUAUCAGAGAUUAUGUAUGAAUUUAUUAAAGUAAAUUUAAUAGUUCAUAAAAACAAACUUUUAUCAAAGUGGCAUGAAACAAAAGAAAUUAUGGAAUAUAUUACAAAAACAGAUGAAUAUUUAGAUUCAGAUAUAUUGAAUUUCUUGCUUAAAUCCCCAAAACUUAUUAGAAUUGGAGAUUAUAUCUGUGUUCCACAAGCUAUUCAACAAAUGUUUCACUUAUUUGAAAAUGAAAUAACUAAACAAUAUAAAUUAGUAUUGGAAAGUGAAACUAAUGAAUAUAAAGAUACCACACCAACAGAUAAUGAAAAUAUUUUACAUAAAGAGUGUGUUACUAAUGAUGACAGUAAAACUAAUCAGAGUCCUCAAAAGCUGCUUGGUUUAAUAAAUGAUGUCUUUGAAAAUAAUAAUGUUGACGAAGAUAAUAAUAUUUAUCAGAAUGACAAUACUUGCGAGUCAUCUACAACUUCUUUAGAUAGCUGUUCAACAAAUGAAACAGAAAUAAAUUCAAUAUGUAAAAGUGAGAAUGAAUUUGUUUUAAAGCCCAAUAAUGAAUGUUUUGAUGUAAAUAAUUCCAAAGAAGAUAAUGAUUAUGAACAGUCAAUCUUUUACAAGGAAGAUAAAUCCUUUAAUUAUAAUAAUGAUAUAACUAACAAAGAUAAUUGUAUUAAUAUAGUAUAUGAUGAUACAAACAGCUCACAAAGUUCUACAAAAAAUCCCUUCUUGAAAGAAAAUAUGACUAAUAAUUCAAUAAAAAAUAUAUUUAUUCAAGAUUUCGAACAAUUAACAAAUGAUGAACUAUUGUCACCACCGGCACUCCAAGAUAAAUAUAAACUACUAGCAUAUAAUUAUUUCGUAAUAGUACAGAAUUUUGCUAAACUUUCAAAAGAAAAAACGGACAUGGAAAAAAGUUUUAAGUUGAAACUAAAGGAGAAAGAUUCGAUUAUGAAAACUGUUAUUGAAGAACGUAAAAUAUUAAUUGAUAGACUGGAUUCAUAUGAAUCGCAUAUUUCGGAAAAAGUAUCUGAUAACUAUGAUGAAUUAAAUGCGGAUAUAUUAAAAUUAAAAUCAGACAUAAAUAGAUUGGAACAAGAAAAAAAGGAUGAUGAAUGCAAUUUUAAACUACUGAUAGAAGAGAAAAAUACCAUAGAAAAAAUAUUACGAGAAGACAAUGCACAAUUACUUAAGAAUGUAAAAGAUUAUGAAGCUGAAAUAAAUAAGAAAAAUGAGGAACUAAAUGUUCUUCAAGAUAAUGAUUUAAGAUGGAAAAAAUCAUUUUUGCAAAAAUCAUUAGAAUCGCAAUACUAUUCCAACAAAAAUAUGUUAAUGAAUGGUAUUGACUAUUGCAAUUUAUCAUUAGACAUCAUAAAUAGACUAAAUUCUUUGAUUAAAAAAUAUAUUGGAAUGCAUAUCAUUCCAGACUAUAUUGAAUGGUCAUUUACAUUAAACCAAUUCUUGAAAUUGUCUUCAGAAUAUGAGGCGGAGUUUUUAAAAUGUAUAUCUUUGCUAAAAUCAAAAACAGAAGUUCAAAAAUUGGAUGAGAUAAAUAUGAGUUCUAUAAAUCUACCUAAAUACCCAAACAAAUCUUUAUCUACCAUUGUAUGCAAUGUUUUCAUGGCAUUAGAUAAACACAUAACAGAAAUUUCAGCACAGAAUUUAUCUAUGAUGUUACCGUCAUCAUUAUCGUUGCAUUCUCUAUCAAAAUUAGAAGAAUUUUCUAAUGACAAAAAUAAUGACAAGAUUAUUAAAAAGAAUUCUAAUGUCAACUUGUUUAAGACAGAAGAUAAAUUUAAUAACCAUACAGAGGAUAAAUUUCAAAAUAUUUUAAAGAAACCUGAUUUAAAUGAAGAGAAUAAUGAAGCUGUUCAAUGUCAUUUAGAAUGUAUUGACAAUAACAAAGUAGGAAAUUCUACGUUAGAAACAAAUAUAAAUGAACAUAAUAAUCAAAUUGAUGGAAUUUUAGAGGAUGUUGAUAAUAAAGCAAAACCAGAAAUUGCAGAAAGUAAAAAUUUUCCAUAUGAUAUUACUAACAAUGAACUGCUAGAAACCUGUGAUAAUAAUAAAUUAGAAUCAACUAGUAUAUCUAAUGAAACAGACCAUAAAUUAUUAAUGGAAGAAGUAGAUUCCAUUGAACAAAAAAACCAGAAAACGGAAGAUAUAACAAAAGAAAAUAAUGCAAAUAUUGAAGAAAACAGCAAAGAAACUUCGAUUAACUCUACAGAUGAAUUAAUGAAUAUACUACGGAGCAAAUAUACAGGAAUAUCUGAUCAAUCCCUUUUGAAAAGUUUGAAUGAUCUCCAAAAAUUUCAUAAAAAAAAAUCGCUAACAGAUAUACCAUUAAACAUAAUUAUCCAGGAUGUACAAAAGUAUAUUUUAUUGCAUCAAAUAAAUCAUUUAUGCGCUUACGUUGAAACAAAGGAAAAUAUAAAAAAUACAAUAUGAACAUUAUAAACAUAAAUAAUAUAUAUUUCAAUGUAUUAAAGAAUGGUUUCAACAAGAUCAAUCAUAUCCAAUAUAUCAUAUUCAUUGCAAA